AUGGAGAAAGAGGGAUCCAACGGCUAUUGGUAUAUGAAUAUAUGCCUAAUAGUAUAUGAAUAUAUGCCUAAUAGGAGCUUAGAAGAUCAUCUUUUCAACAGGGCUCUGAACCCUCUUCCUUGGAUCACAAGGUUACAAAUAAUGCUUGGUGCUGCUCAAGGAUUGGCUUAUCUACACGAGGGACUGGAAGUCCAGGUGAUAUAUCGAGAUUUCAAAUCCUCCAACGUGCUCUUGGAUGAGGACUUUAAGCCGAAGCUCUCAGACUUCGGGCUUGCUAGAGAAGGGCCAAAGGGUGACCGUACUCAUGUAUCGACAGCAGUGGUAGGGACUUAUGGAUAUGCUGCCCCAGAGUAUGUUGAAACAGGCCAUCUUUCCAUCCAUAGUGACUUACGGAGUUUUGGUGUGGUGCUGUAUUAGAUCCUCACUGAGAGGCGUGUCUUAGAAAGACACCGGCCAACAGCGGAGCAGAAUCUUCUUUAUUGGGUUAGAUAGUACCCUGCAGACAGUAAAAAAUUCAGCAUGAUAAUAGAUCCGCUUCUGAGAGACUAGUAUUCUUUUAAUGCAGCUCGGAAAAUUGCCUAGUUGGCAGAUAGCUGCCUGAACAAGAAUGCAAAAGACCGGCCAACAAUGAAUCAGGUAGUAGAGAUCUUGAAGCAAGAUAUACAAGAUUCAGGUACCAACUCUGUAAAUAACAAUUUGAGGUGAUAUAAGAGAGAAGCCUGUGAUCAAAUCAAACGAAAGCAUUAGUAAUA